CCCCGUCUAGAGGGCAGUAGCUGCUGGUUACCAAAGCGAGGAUUGCGUGUACAAAAAUAAAACAGCAGCCAAAGGGAUCGUACGGACCCUGGUGCGUGUUAAGGACGAACGUGCAUAGAGAGUGCGAGUGGCUAGAGGAAGUGACAGCGUAGUGUAAAUGCUGUCCUUUCGACCGCUUAUUCCGCUCUGCCUACCGAACUGAGUGAGGUCAUAAGCGUCAACUUGCGCCUGUUCUCUCUCUCUGUGCCGAGGCCUCAUUUCUGCGAAAUCGAAACCGACUCAGUGAAAGCCGAGAGGGGAUCGUUUGCGCAUCCGCCUGCUACCUGGGUUACAACUGGGCUGGAAGUAACAAGGACGUCAUAACUGUCAGGAAGAUUCCGUCUGGGUAUGAAUGCCGUUCGGACCGACCAGAGUUGAGCCAAGAUGAGAGAAUGUCGACUGUGUCUGAGGGCAGAAGAAAGUAACCUAACGGGGAAACUCUUCGCUGAUGACAGUAUUGCAGUACAUCAGAACUGCCUGCUUUUCUCUUCAAAUCUUGUCAAUCAAAAUUCUCAAGAUUUUGAUGUUUUUGGUGGAUUUUUGCUCAAAGAUAUAAAAAAGGAAAUUACCAGAGGAAGCAAGUUGAAAUGCUCGCUUUGUAGGAGGAAAGGAGCAACAGUUGGUUGUGAGGUGAAGACCUGUAAAAAGUCCUAUCAUUAUCCAUGUGCCAACGAAGACGAGGCAAAAAUUAUUGAAAAUGAAGACCGGGGCAUUUACAGGGUUUUCUGCAAAGUGCAUAAAGAUGGCCAACAUCCAAACUCCAGUGGAACAUCCUCCAAGGGCAAAACAGCUCACAGACGUACAGAUAACGGCAGUGUGAAAGGAGGAUUGGUUAAUUGUCUUCAAGGAGUCUCCAAUCUUGACAAAUUUCAACCCAAGAUGUCAGAAAGUAACGAAAAAGGAGGAGCUGUCGUAAGGAAAAGGGCAGACAGUUCUGACACAGAUGAAAGUGAUGACUUGCCAAUAUUUACUGGCUGCCACAUACAACUCAGUGCUAAAUCCAAAACUGGAUCAAAACAAAUAAAGCUUGAAAAUAAUGAUUGGAAACAAAAUAAGUUAUCCUGUAGUUCCAGACCGAGUCAAGCAGAAGGAAUGGAUGAAUCUUCGGAUGAAUGCUCACUCUCCUUGCUUGGUACAGGCAGUCCAGGCGACGGUCAAGAAGCCCUAAUGAAUGAGGGAAUUGAUGAUACUGAAAAUUCGUGGGUUCAUCCUCUUCUCAUAUUAGAGGAACACGAGUCAAGUGAUGGGAACUGCACUGACACAAGCACAAACAUAGAUCAACAAGAAAUCCGACAGGACAUUGACGUGCAGCACAAUGGCCAGGACAGCAGAGAAGGGACUUCAGCUGCAGUCAGAGAACCUUGUGAAGUAUCAGGACAAGCAGAGAAAUUCUGGAAGAUGUGUAAAGAAGCUCACUGUUUGGAGAAGAUCUUCUUGACAAUUCAGAAAGAUCUGAACGCCAUUCAACAAAAAAUAACAACUGAAAAUGCGACCAGUAAAGACUACGAGAUUGCAUGGGCAAUACUUCUGACUCUGAAUUCGCUUCAAGACAUCAUGUCAGAUUUUAAAUCUGAAAUACACCAAAAGCUGCAACAUCUUGAAGAAGAAAAGUUAGCCUUGCAGAAACGAGAGAGUCUCAUUAAGAACUUGGCAAAGUUAGCCCACUCACUGACUACCCAAGCUAAGAGAUAGCAGUGACUGCUCCAAGCUGGUUGCUAAACUGCCUUGCUUCAUACAGGAAACUAUAUUUGUUUUGAGAAAAGCCAUUGAGUGCAUUGACAAUGGAACUGAAGUAAACCAUGACUGCAGAGAUUCUUGGGUUUUAAGUGCAAAGCAUCUAAGAAAUAAUUUUGACCAGCGCUACUUGCACUUGACUCACUCCAGAGCCAUCUUUGACAAGACUUCCUGGUGGGGCAGGUGUCUCCUAUAUUAGGCAAGAGCCAGUGAAUCUACAUAAAGCAACAUCCUAUGAUAUACAAAGGUCUGUGAUCUGAUUUUUACUGUUACUUAGGAGGACUGAGACAGACAAUUGCAGAGCAGAAUAUUUCCUCUCUGCAGAAAUUUUGAAGUCUGUGACGUCCCUGAGGAGCUGGCCACUGGAGUACCUGACCACUUGGUGCCCUGGAAUUGCAGCUGAUUUCCAUCUCUGUCUUCCAGCCUGCUGUCCAGUUAGUUACCCUGAUAUUUAUCAGUAAAAGUGCAACUCAUCGUACAUCCUGCAGAAGACCAUUAAACAUAUUGUGUUUCUUGCCAAUAGGCAGUAGAUAAACUUUGUAGAAGAACCCUUGGUCUAGGCCAUACGAUCAUCUACUGGCCAAACAUAGCAACUGCUGAAUUAACGGUAGGGCUUCCAUUCUAAAUAUCUACAGUCAUAAUUUCACUAUUUGACAUAACCAACAUUCACAGCAAUGCUUUUAUAUCGAAGUUCAACUAAAAUGCAUUAUAAGCGCAGGAUAUAAAUAACAUUUAUAUACAGAAAACCACACUUCCAUUCUUGUUAAUGAGGUGUCCUAAUUUUUUUUAUUGCUUAUUAAAAGCUGUAGGCUAUUCAUAUAUAAAUGCAAGUACCUUUCUCCCAUGCCUUUCAAAAUAACUGAACAUGUAACAUAGAAAUCUGUGACACAUUACAGGCCCUUCGGCCCACAGUGUUAUGCUAACCAUGUAAUCUACUCAAGAAACUGCCUGGAAUUUCCCUACUGCUUAGCCCUCUAUUUUUCUAAGCUCCAUGUACCUAAGAGGCUCUUAAAAGACCCUAUUGUUUAUUGAUAAACAUGUGAAUCAUAGAUCACAUGGCCACUCAAUCCUUCUCCAGCAAUUAAUGAGAUUAUGGCUCAUCUGAUUGUAACUUCCCUUUCAAUUCAUUUCUGCCCAUAGUAACCUUUCAUCCUCUGCUUUUAAAAGACUUUUGGGGCUCUCAGAAGAAUAUGUGUUUCAGCUCUGUCUUAAAUGAGCACCCUUAUUUUUAAACAGUGACACCAAAUCCUGGAUUCUCCGACAAGAGGAAAUCUGGAUUCCACAUUCAUCCUGUCAAGACCCUAUUCACCUUUUUUUAUCUCCAGCAGAUACAAGCCUGGCCUGUGCAACCUUUUCUCAUAAGAUAACCUGCCCAAUCCAGGGAUUAAUCUAGUAAAGCUUCUCCAAGAUGCUUUUAAUACAUUUCAGUGUGGUAGCCCUUCGGAUUCGAAGAAGACACACUGACAUACAGUUCAUCUGUGAACACGGAGGUCUUGCUGAUUCUGGAGUCAAUUUCUUUGUCCAAAGACCCAUCACCUAAGAUGAUGCUUCCUAAGUAUUGGAAGCUGUUUACAUUUGUCAGCGGGGUAUCGUCAACAGUGAUUUUUGGUUCUAUGGGGUUGGUGUUUGGCACGGACUGGUGAAGUACUUCAGUCUUGUUCGGCUGAUAGUGAGGCCAAAGGGCAUAGCAGCAUCUGAGAAUUUGUUCAGCAUCAACUAUAGAUCACUGUCUUUGUGCGCCAGGAGCGCACAGUCAUCAGCAAAGAGGGUUUCUUGAAUGACUGUAUGGAGGCACUUCGUCCGUGCGUUCAAUCGGCGAAGGUCAAAGAGAGAGAUGUCCAGUCGUACCUGAUGUACACUCCCUCCUUCAGACCUUGGACAGCAUGUGACAACAUGCAAGUGAAGAACAGACUGAACAGGACUGGGGCUAGUACACAGCCCUGCUUCACCCCAUUGGAAAUGGCAAAUGCAGCUGACGUUUCACCACUGCAAAGGGGCUGUCCUGUCAUUCCGUCCUGGAGCAGCUGAAUCAUCUUCACGAAUUUCCUCAGGCAUCUGUAACGUCCCAGGAUGAUCCAGAGAGCCUCCCUGUUUAAAGUAUCAAAUGCCUUUGUCAUGUCAAUGAAGACAGAGUUAAGAGGCUUGUUCCGCUGGACACACUUCUCCUGGACUUGCCUCAUGGCAAAUAUCAUGUCUACUGUACUCCGUUCUGGCCCAAUUCCGGGGCAAAUGGAAAUGAACACACGUGGCCUUCCCACCGGCUUUCGCUUUUACGGGAUCGCUAGCGUUUCUUCUGGUGCGUCUGAGGGGCUGUUCCCACAGACCCUCUUUUAUCCUGACUCACAGGGUCUCAGAUGUCAAUCAGGUUGGGAUGAUGCAAUCCCUCCACCAACCCCUCCCCCCCCCGGUUCAUUGCCUGGGGGCUUCAAUGCAUCGUACAGGAUUCAAUACACAAUUCCGUCUCCAAGAGACAAUAGCCAGUAUCAAUGGUUCCGCCUUUCAGAGGCCAGGACACAUUCCAAACUCUUUGUGGAUUCUGCAUGUCUUCCUCUCAUUUCCUGGGUCUCCUGAACUGACUCAAUAGUGAUCUUGCAAUUCUCAAAAAGGAGGGGGCUACCCUGCACCCUUCGGCCCCUCAGAGCUGUGGCACAUUCGUAACACCCCCUUUCUUCAAAGCGUUUUCACCAGCAGUGAAAACGAAGUAGUACAGAGUCUUACAGGAUUUUAGAAUCUAACACAAUACAAAAGUCUUUUUUUUUUUACAGAGUAAUAUAGUUAUACAUUCAAUUCAGCAUUUAAACAGUUAACGAUUACAGUGUCACUUCCUUUAAUAUCUUAACAUCUUGUACCUUACUAAAGUCUUGUAGCAUUAGACUUCAGUUUAAUAACCACCUAUUUUUAUUUCUUUCCUUCAGCAAACAAAAACUAAAGAGUUGUGAUCUUAGCUUACGUGUAUACUACAAAAGUUCAUGCAAAUACUAAUCUUUAUGUUGCUUUCAAACUUAACAGGCAGGCUUCCAUGGGGUUGUCUUUAUUACUCACAUGCUUUGUCGAAAUCCCGUAAAACCGGCUUUUGCUAUUCAAAAAUGGCGUCCCCAUUAACCCUCGCCUGUUUUCCGGUUAAUUCCCACGUGGGGAGCUUGGGCCCCCUGGCGAAAUAGGUUUUCCUCUGCUCCUUCCAUAAGAGUUAUUUUAUCAACAAUGUGUCCGAAACUUAGACCAUCUUCUGAAUUUCCACCCAAUUCUUUAAUUUUACGCAAGUUGCUAGUUUUCUCUUCAGGACCCUUCAGACUAUUAGUUUUCAGUUCGAACUCUUUGUUCAAACAGCAUUUCAAAUUCUGCCUUUUCACACCACACUCUGGAAUAACAAUAGCGUGUGGGGCCCCCGUCACCUUCCAACUCAAUCUGUAAGUAAUCCACAGGCUUUGUGGUAUCACACCAUUGUCUCUGUAGCCUGGUGGCUGCCUUUGAUAUCAAUCCAGCCUUUAAAUUUUCUUCAUUCAAUUUGGGAACUACAUAUUUCCCGUUUCCUUCAAUAAUAAUAUUAAUUUCCCCACUUUUGAUCUCCGCAUUAACUUUUAACACACCUUCGAGCACAAAACACCUGGGAACUCUCACUUCCCACUAUUACCAAGGUUAACCCUUUCUUCCCUGAAUCAAUUCUAUCUGACCCACAAGGACUGCAUUCCUUUUCAACUGAAUCAAAUACCUCAGACUUUUUCUGAGCUCCGUUACUAGGUUCAGUACCACGUGCAUCCACAUCUUGGACACACUCAAACGGGACAUUUGCCUCUUCCAGGCUUUCAAUACCCGUACCCGGUCCAAAUUCUAAACUCCCCUGAUUAUCCCAGCUACUCUCUGGGCAACUCCCUUCCGGAGUAAAUUCAACCCCGCAGGCUGAAACAACCUCAUCUGCCAACCCAGCAGACUUCUUCAAGGUAAGGGCACUCUUUUCAGCUAGGGCUGCCCUCAUUUCAUUAUCGGGAACACCUUUAGAAUUUUCAACUUCUUCAAACAGUUCUACCAAACCAGACAGAUCAUCCAUGUCCAACUCUGGACCUCUUAACAGCUCUAUCUGUUUCUCAUCUUUAUCUUCUGCCUCUAGAACUUUUCUCCUCGCUAAGAGCAGGUCUACCUCCUCUCCCUUACUCUCUUUCACUUUACUACUCUUCGUUUUACCACCCUCUAAACCCUCGUGGUACAGGGUCAGUAGAAACGUCUGGGCCAAAUUGGAACUGGCUGGAUUUAAACUGCUCCCUUUCUCAGCUGCCUUUCUCGACAUGCUGCGAGUGAUCGCGCAUGCGGGAUAGAUCUUGGAAUCUAGGGGGGGUGCUGCAUCAUUCACCGGCUGGCUUGUCAGCGUCAUUGCUGACCAAACCUUACCACCGCCUAAAUCGUUACCAGGAAGGACGUCCGCGUCAGUUCUCGGGAAUUCUGAUCGCACCCCUAUUUCAACUGGUCCAGACACCAGCUCACAAUCCAUAAUGAUCCUAUGCAAGGGUACCAUUUCCAUCCCUUUUCCUAUUCCUUUCACAGCUACCAUUCCCGUCUUGCGACCAAAAUCUAGUACCUUACUGCUGAUCAAUGAUAGUUCAGCCCCCAUAUCUCUCCAGAUCCGUACUGGAACUGGUGUGUCUCCCUCCCUCAUAGACACGGUUCCGUUUGUCAUACAAGUCUCAGACCCUUCUCGUACUCUGUCCACCUGGGGAUUUCUUGUCGAUUUACUGAUUACCACAGCACAUCUGAUAGGGACCGCUGCUUUCCCUUUUCCUGUCUCUUUCCUCGGAGCAAAGCACCUAGAUGCAAUAUGCCCCCCCCCCUUUCCACAAUUAAAACAGGUCAAGCCCGGAAAUUUCUGGCCGUCUGCCCUCUCCCCCUCAAUCUUACCACUAGCUCCCGGCGGGACCUCUGCCUCAGCCGGCGGGCUUUCUCAAUCGUUUCCACGGUCUCUCUGGGAACUUUUAUUCGAAGAAAACUUUGACUUGUGGGUUAGGGCAUAUUCAUCUGGGAACCUAGCAAAUUCUGAGAUGGACUUAUUCGGCUUCUCAUUCAAAUACAUCCGGAUAUCCUCCGAAACACAACCUUUAAAUUCCUCAAUCAGAAUUAACUCCCUGAGAUGCCAAAAAUCCUCUUCCACUAUCUCUGCUGUGCACCAACGGUCGAAGAGAACACCCUUCUCAUAGGCAAACUCAGUCUGAUUCCACCCUUUCUUUAAAUUUCUGAACUUUUGUCUAUACGCUUCAGGUACUAACUCAUAACUCCGGAGAAUGGCUGCCUUUACUUUGUCAUAACUCUCCUCCUCUUCCUCCUCCAUGGACAACGUCGUAUAUGCCCGCUGUGCCUUCCCUUUUAACACACUUUGUAGCAACGCCACCCACUGGUGGCGUUUUCAAAACGCAAGAAAUAACUAUCAACAUCCAUCUCCUCGAACAGAGGUACUAACCUCAACUCCCGACUAAGAUUAAACCACUCCUCUCGGUCUGACCCCUGAACUCGUUGCUCUUGCCUUAACUUCUCCAUCUCCAAGUCAUGUUUCCUCUGUUUCUCUGCCUCCCUCUCCUUUUCUCUCUCCCUUUCAUUCUCCUUCUCAGCUGCUUCCAGCUGCUUUAACUUAAUUGCAUGUUCCAACCUUAAUUUCUCCAACUCUAACUGAGCCGUCCCACUAGCUGGUACCUUUUCAGGGAUAUUUUCCAAUACCUCAGCUGCAAAAACAUUCUUCCUAAUAUAAUACUGAGUUAUUGCCCUUCACACCUCCUGCUUUUUCAUGGACAACCUCACCUCUGCGAGGUUUAGUCCCUUCGCCAAAUUUAUCAAGUCUGAUUUGGUGGCCGCCUCUAGCGCCUCCAGAGUCGGGUUUUCUAUAAAUUCAUCCACGUCCAUCUUUGCUGGUUUCCUGUCUGGCUACCCGCGUAACCAGAUCCAAGUUUGGACUUACAAGCCCGAUUCACUGGCCUCCCAAUUUGGUGUCAAAUCCUGAGACGAGAACCCCAAUUGUUACGUACCCCAUAACUGGGUCACUUACCAGCAAAGAUAGAGAGGUCCAUUGAAGUCUGAUGGUACUAUUUUUAACAGAAUUUAUUGAUAAAAAUAAACAAAAAUAAUAUCAAUGCAAACAUACAGAUAAUAUACGUCGUCAAUACUAAAUCUAAAAGCACGGGUAUAAUAAUAAUCGAUAAGGAAUAGCUCUAUCGUUGUCUAGGGGAUAAUGUAUUGUCCGAUGGAAAUAUAAAAGUCACUUUAGUUCAUUCAAGCUGCAGCUUGUUGGUUGGAGAGAAAGACUGGUUAAAACUUGCCCAUUCCUUUUAUGAUGUCAAUCCUUCGAGAGUCGUUGGGAGUUGAUUUCCCCGUUGUUAGCUAAAAAACCAUUCUUCCGUGGUAAAGGCCCACUGAUUCUGUGGCAAAUGGAAAUGGACGCACGUGGCCUUCCCACCGGCUUUCGCUAUUACAGGAUCGCUAGCAUUUCUUCUGGUGUGUCUGAGGGGCUGUUCCCACAGACCCUCUUUUAUCCUGACUCACAGGGUCUCAGAUGUCAAUCAGGUUGGGGUGAUGCAAUCCCUCCACCAACCACCCCCCCCCCCUCAGUUCAUUGCCUGGGGGCUUCAAUGCAUCGUACAGGAUUCAAUACACAAUUCCGUCUCCAAGAGACAAUAGCCAAUAUCAAUGGUUCCGCCUUUCAGAGGCCAGGACACAUUCCAAACUCUUAGUGGAUUCUGCAUGUCUUCCUCUCAUUUCCUGGGUCUCCUGAACUGACUCAAUAGUGAUCUUGCGAUUCUCAAAAAGGAGGGGGCUACCCUGCACCCUUUGGCCCCUCAGAGCCUUUGGCACCUUUGGCACAUUUGUAACAAUAGCAUUUUCAGCUUUCCUAAUCUUGUGCUACAGCUCAACUCCAAUAAUUUGUAAAUCAUGCACUAGGGCACCUGCAUCUCUGAUUGCCAGAGUCCCUCACCAGUAAAUAAUAAGACUACUUGGUUCUCUUUAGUAUAGAUUUUUUUUAAAUCACAUUUUCCCCUCAAAAUACUCCAUUUGCCAGACUUUCUGGACAUCUAUCGAUCAAUCUAUUUUCCUUCAUAGCCACAAUGUUGAUCUCAAAACUGACCUUCAUUAUCUUGCCAUCAACAGCAAUUUGACACACAUGCCUCAUUAGAAGAAUAAUUUGUAUAAAUAGAGAGCCUAAGAUGAUCCCUGUGGCACACUGUACCACCUUGUCUACGAUAAAGAGACCCAUUUUUGUCUGCUCUGCUUGACAGCCAAUAAUCUUUCUCAUUAAUGCUACCUCCUAUAUUAUUUUCCAGAAUAUUAUUUUAAGUGGCACCAUCUCAAGUACAUUCUGGGUAUCUCUGUACAAUGGAUCUACUUUACUAAUGCAAGACUAAUCAAACGUUUUUUGUUUUAACAGAACUGUUGACUCUGCCCCCUAACAAUUUCUCUGACAUACUGUUAAGCUAACAAGCUUGUAUUUUCCUGUUUGUCUCCUUCCGGUUUUGCAUUCAGGAGUUACGAUUGUUAUUUUCCAAUUUAUUGAAAUUUUCCUCAGUCUUGAAACUGGCUCAGUAGCCAUUUCUAUUAAGAACCUAGGAUAAGUUUAAUUCAAUGUUAUUGGUUGAUGGAUCUUUGACCUGAAAUAUCAAUUUCUAAACAAAAUAUUUCAUUUCAUGUAAUUGUGCUUCUUAGCACAAAAAAGAUUUGUACUAAAUCAGCAUGAACAAGUUUAUACAUUUUGAUGCUAAAAGAUCUGUGUUUUAAUUUUAAAAAGUUUUAAAUUACAAACAAAAAUUCUGCAGAUGCUGGAAAUCCAGAAUAACACAUUCAAAAUGCUGGAGGAAUUCAGCAGGUCAGGUAGUAUCUAUGGAACUGAAUGAACAGUUAACAGUGUGGGCCAAGACCCUUAAUCAGGACUGGAAAGGAAGAGAUGUGAAGCCAGAAUAAGAAGGAGGGGGAGGGGAAGGAGUAAGGUGACAGAUGAGGCCAGGUGGGUGAGGGAGGGGUGAUGAAGUAAGAAGCUAGUUAGUAGAUCACAGGUUCAAAAGCUAAGGGACUGGAGAAGGAAUCUUAAUAGGAGAGUAGAUCAUGGGAGAAAGUGAAGGGUGGUGGGGUCACCAUCAGGUGGUAGAUGGGUGAGAGGGGAGCCAGAGUGGAAAAUGGAAGAAGAGGGAAGGGGAUGGGGGGGGGGGGAAUUACCGAAAGUUGAAGAAACCAAUAUUCAUGCUAUCAAUUUGGAGGCUACCUAGACAGAAUAUGAGGUGUUGAUUUCAUUGUGGCAGUAGACCAGGCCAUGGAACUACAUGUCGGCAUGGGAUGGAGAUUGGAAUUAAAAUGGUUGGCCGCUGGGAAAAUUGCUGCGAACGGAGCUUGACAAAACAGUCCCCCAAUCUAUGUCGGGUCUCACUAAUGUACAGGAGGUUGCAUUGGGGGCACGGGAGACCAUAGACGACCCCAAGAGACUUGCUGGCGAAGUUGUGCCUCACCUGAACGGACUGUUUGGGACCUUGGAAGGAAGUAAAUAGGCAAGCGUAGCACUUCCUCUGCUUUCAGGGGGUAAAUGGCAGGAGGGAGAUUAGUGGAGAGGAAUGAAUUGAUAAUGGAAUCGUGGUGGGCACAGUCCCUGUGGAAAAUGGGGGAAGGGGGAGUGGUGCGGUAGUAAAGAUGUGUUUGGAGGUAGGGUCCUGUUGAAGAUGGCUGGACAGAACCGCCGUUGCCCUGGUGGGCUCAAGCAUGCGCUGCACUAAAAAGCCAUCUCGGGGGCCUUCUACAAAUUGCCUCUCUUGGGAUCCAGCACUAACAGGAUUUUCCCAAUCGACCUGCUUAUUAAAAUCCUCCACGAUGAUCACCACACUGUCCUUUUUACAUGCCCUUUCCAUCUCCCGUUGUAAUUUGUAGCCGUCAUUCUGGCUACAGAUCCCAUCGGAGUGUUUUUACCCUUGUAAUUUCUUAACACUACUGGCGUGUACUGUUCAGCUGGGUCUACAACAAAUCAGUGGAUCACAUUAUUAAUGCAUUUAUUAUUGUACACACAAACAUUUGUAAGUUUGCUCACCCAUGGGCUUUUGUAGAUCCACUUCGUUACGUUGCGUUUUUCAAGUUACAAAUUCAUAAAGAAUUCGUUUGGCAUGUAACCUGAACAUUCUUGCCCAAUCAGAGCACACGCCUCCUUUCUUGGAUAAAAUAAAGUCGAAAACCAUUUGGUUUUUCAGUGCUGCUCUGCAAACCGCCACCAAUUCUGUCUACAAUUUAGAUAUUGCUUUGUUGGGUUUGAUCGAAAGCACAUGCAGUUUCAUUUGCUAAAUUUUCCUUUGCUGGUGUCACAUUAAUUAGUACCUGCGCCGUAUCAGUUCCCAUAGGCCUUCCCCAAGGACAACUCUGAGGUUAGCGCUGUUUUGUAUGUAGCAUCCUCUAAAACACCUUUUACCGAACUAUAUCCCCAUCCUCCCCCUAAAAUUGUUCCGUUCGUCCUUUGCACUAGGCAGGGUCUCUGACUGAGAAUGGAAAUUGAUUCACCUGUAAAGCGUUGCCUACAAUAGGUACUAAUCCCAAAUCACGGGAUUAUUUUCCUUAACAAAUAUUUCGCUACUGUGACUGCUCUAUUCGCUCCACAAGGAAAUGCUUCACCAUGGUGAGAACACAUCAAUAAUGACAUACUUACACCAUUUACAUUAACAUGAUUCGAUAAAGUGUAAAAAUAGGUCAUCUGACGACAGGGUAUGAACCAGUUAAUUAGGCAUUUUUCCCGGAUUUUGAAGGUAUAUCUCACAUCUCAUAAAUUGUCUACAGAUUUGUUCCGAAUACUCCAGGGCCAUGCCAAGUUUAGUUUAAUUAAUUAAUCAUUCCCCUCUUUCCCGCAUGUGUGAAUUUGUGAACUCAGCCGGCAAUCCACGGUACCUGGGUCCAAUUUGCCUGCGGCGCAAUCCGUUUCCUCGGAGUGAAGCCUCAUUGUGCUGUUUACAAUCCAGCUUUCCCCAUACCGUUACUAAAGCCGAAUCGUCACGGAAGACCAUUAAACCGGCAUUAACAACAGGAGAAUCAGUAAGGUGCACACGGAAUGCUAUUGUUCCAUGUGGAGGGUCGUGGGGAAGAGCGCCCAUAAGAGUUGCACAGCGAGUAACUCAACACUCGGGAUCAUUGAUAACUCGAUUUCGUACGCAGCUGGCCAGGCGGGUCAGCAUGUGCAAAACAGCUGUCACAACCACGGAUUCGGCAGCGCAGGAGUGAUCGUCGCGACUUGGACAGAGCACAGCAACGCUUUGUUGCUGUUUUGUAUUCGGCCUUCCCUGAUCUAUUGGACUUUCAGAUCAACUGACUCUGAAGACCGCGGUAUUCGUUUAAUAUCCUUGUAAGCGGAACAAGAUCUACACCUGCCCUUACACUUCCUCCCUCACCACCAUUCAGGGCCCCAGGUGAGGCGACACUGCACCUAGAUGGAAACUGGCAGUCUCCGUGAUGUGAUCCGAAGCUGACCCUGUGAAUUUGCAUGACAUGGAGUUUCAAUUUCAGGCAAUAAACGUAGCCUGUGACCAGGGAAUGAAAUCUCUCACCAGAAGUAAAGUCAGUUGUUUUGGUAUUCUGAAUAUUAAGCAGCAGACUCUUUCUCUCCAUCUGAAACCCAGGCUAACUAGAGGGAUGCCAGUAGAAGACUAUGGCAGGGUCUAAAUGAGAUCACUGGGUGCAAAGAAAAGGCUGGGAAUAUCAAUAACUGUAGUGCUUCUCUUCCUGAUGAACUUAAUGUAUUCUACGCAAGAUUCGAACGAAGAGGAAUGUCCCGCCCCCUCUGGAUGAACCGGACCUGGUGGCAUUGAGAUUCAUCAUCACCGAGGAAGACAUUAGAAGAGCCUUCCUGAAGAUAAGUCCAAGGAAGGCAACAGGCCCAGAUGGCGACCCGGGACGGGUUCUCCGGGCCUGUGCAAGCGAGCUAGCUGGAGUGUUUGCUGACAUCUUCAACUGCUCCCUGCUUCAGUCUAAGAUCCCUUCGUGUUUUAAGAAGGCAACAAUAAUCCUGGUUCUGAAGAAAAGCAAGGUGGCAUGCCUGAAUGACUACUGACCUGUGGUUCUAGUAUCAAUUGCUAUGAAGUGCUUCGAGCGAUUGGUUAUGGCACACAUCAACCAUAACUUACCGGUCAAACUCUACGCUUUGCAAUUCGCCUACCGGAGCAACAAGUCAAUGGCAGAUGCCAUCUCACUGGCACUACAUUCCUCCUUAGAACACCUGGAGAAUAAAGACGCAUAUGUAAGGCUCCUUUUCAUCGACUACAGCUCUGCCCUUAAUACCAUCAUUCCAAAUAACCUGAUUCCUAAGCUCCGGAACCUGGGUCUUAGCACUCAGAUCUGCAGCUGGAUCUUCAACUUCCUCACAGACAGGACCCAGGCUGUAAAAAUAGGGGACCAGCUCUCCUCUACAAUCACUCUGAGCACCGGUGCCCCACAAGGCUGUGUACUCAGCCCCCUGCUGUACUCACUGUACACCCAUGAUUGUGUAGCGAAGCUUCCAUCGAACUCAAUAUAUAAAUUUGCUGAUGACACCAUAAUUGUAGGCCGCAUCUUGGGUAAUGAUGAGUCUGAGUACAAAGAGGAAAUUAAGAACCUAGUGGCAUGGUGCGAAGACAAUAACCUAUCCCUCAAUGUCAGCAAGACAAAGGAAUUGGUUGUUGACUUCAGAAGGAGUAGCGGACCGCACGACCCCAUCUACAUCAGUGGUGCGCAGCUGGAACAGGUCAAAAGCUUUAAGUUCCUCGGGGUAAAUAUCACAAAUGAGCUGACUUGGUCUAACCAAGCAGAGUCCACUGCCAAGAAGGCCCACCAGUGUCUUUACUUCCUGAGAAAGCUGAAGAAAUUUGGCCUGUCUCCUAAAACCCUCACUAAUUUUUAUAGAUGCACUGUAGAAAGCACUUUUCUAGGGUGCAUCACAACCUGGUAUGGAAGUUGUCCUGUCCAAGACCGAAAGAAGCUGCAGAAGAUUGUGAACCUAGCCCAGCACAUCACACAAACCAAUCUUCCAUCCUUGGACUCACUUUACACCACACGCUGUCGGAGCAGUGCUGCCAGGAUAAUCAAGAACAAGACCCACCCAGCCAAAACACUUUUUGACCCUCUUCCCUCCGAGAGAAGGUUCAGGAGCUUGAAGAUUCGUACAGCCAGAUUUGGGAACAGCUUCUUUCCAACUGUGAUAAGACUGCUGAACGGAUCCUGACCCGGAUCUGGGCCGUACCUUCCAAAUAUCCGGACCUGACUUGCACUACCUUACUUUCCCUUUUCUAUUUUCUAAUUAUGAUUUAUAAUUUAAAUUUUUAUUAUAUUUACUGUGAUUUGUACUUCAGGGAGCGGGAAGCGCAGAAACAAAUAUCGCUGUGAUGAUUGUACGCUCUAGUAUCAAUUGUUUGGUGACAAUAAAGUAUUUGUAUUUGCAUUUUGUAUUUGCAUCUGGUACUGUAAGCUGGGCGGGUAGUCUGAUGACUUUGAAGCAGCAGAGACCAUCAGGAGAGGUUAAUGUGUGUCAAGGGUUGAUAUAAUCCAUGCACUGAUGGAAAAUGACACAGUUUUCAGAUGAUGCUGUUAAGAUGCGGACAUACAGUAUAUGAACUCAAAGAAAACGAGGUAUAAUUACAAGAUGUAACGGUGUGGAUAAGAUGCUGUGCAAUUCUGUGACUGCUGAGAGUUAUAUUCGAAUGUGACAUGGGGCGAGUGUGGUCCAAUUCGCUCGAUGAUGCUGGACCCAUUUGAGGGGAAUAUUAGCAGUGGCUAUGUAAGGCUGCAGACAGGGUGAGUUAGGAUAGAUUACCUAGGAUGCUAUGAGUGAAUUGCAUGAGGCAUUAUUGCAAUGUAGAGGAUGGAAAUCUAACUGGAUUUAAACAAAGAAUUUCAGGAAGGAUGACGGAGGAUGCAACGUGUACAAGGAUGGUGUAUGCAGACAAAGACAACAGGCUCCAAGGUAUUUCUUCUGGGCAAUUUGAAGGUCAGGGGAUUAGUAUCAGCCAGGGUGAAAAGUUGAAUAAACAAGAGAAAAUCUGCAGAUGCUGAAAAUCCGAACAGCACUCUCAAGCAACUCAGCAAGCCAGGCAGCAUCUGUGGAAAAAAAAGCACAGCGGACGUUUCGGGCCGAAACCCUUCCUGAAACAUCAGCUGCCUGGCCUGCUGAGUUCCUCCAGCAUUUUGUGUGAGAACUGUUUAACAGGAAAAACUGCUGAGGGAGCAAGAGGUGGGUCUUUUGGACAAACUGAGCUUUGAGGGGAUGCAGGGAAGAAACCAGAGAAAGAUAUACCUGUAACACCCUGGAUAAGAACAUGUUUAUUGAAUCACUAUAGUUAUGCUGUUGGGUAUUUUAUUCUCUGCAGGGUUUUUGUAAAACGCAGAGCAUUCUGUUAGUGAAAUUUUACAGUCCAGUAUUUCGUUUUCGGUUAAGACAAUAAGUCAUUUAUUUACUUAGGUACGUUUUAUCAGCCAGUCGGGCUUGUGCUGAUAACAUUCUGUCCAUUGAGAUGCCAUGGGACCCUGGAGAGAGAUUAGUGGCACCCAAUUUUUGGGAGAACGUGGGUUUUUGGGGUCAUUUUGUGGGGGCUGAGGGAGAAGUGAGGUGCGGAGAGGAGCGCAAUGGACGAUGCUCACGGGACCCUGCCAGAAGGAGAGAUACUGGUGUAAGAAAUUCUUUGUGCAGACAAUUGGUUCCAUGGAGGAAGUGCCAAUACUCCUGAUUUAGCCAGUCAAGUCGUAACAGGCCUUCGAAGAAUGUUCGAUGCAUGGCUGGUGUCUUCCACGCGGAAUGUGAGUUCAGUACUGUGAGAGAAUAAAGCGAAUCACACGUCUACGCAGCAAUGAGCUCCGUUUAUGUGCACGUUCACAUGGUUUAACUGUAUGGACCCCGUUUCUGUUACUGUUUGUUAAAGUUGAAAUAUUUGUAAAUAAACUUCCACUGGAAGUUCA